AUGACGGGGCGGGCCCUGCCGGAGCGCGGCGCCAGGCGGGGCCGGGGCCGCGGCCGCUCUCGCCGCCGCCUCCCUCCGCCGCUGCCGGCCCUGGGGCCCGCCAUGGGGCUGUGCCUGCCCUGCAUGGGGGGCGCCGUCAAGGACGUGGUGGAGACGCCUGACCCGGAAAUAAAAAGAAGACAGCUAGCAGAAGCUGCUGAAAAGAGGCAGAUGGAGGCUUCCUCUCGAGGUAUUAAGAACGCUUACUCUGUAGAGCAAAAGAAAAAGAAACAGGAAGAAAUAGAAAAAAGAAUUGCAGCUUCAGGUUCUGGAGGAGAAGGAGGACUGAGAUGGCAGGUUGGAUAAAGAAUAGAAGAGAAUCUCUUCUGAAGAGAAGAUUGACGUUACUGCCAGUAACUUGCCAGUUUCUGCAGCUGAGUGGCACUUGCUCAUCAUGUGGCUUUUGCUGUUUGCAUACGAGGGCUCAGCAGUACUUUGCCUUUGUGGGAGGACGGAUGUGGAAUCACACACCAAGAAACUUAAGCACUAACUCUGAACACUAAGUUUUGGCCAAAUUUGUUUGUUUGUUGCGCAUGUUUUAUUGCUUCCCUGUCAAGGUAGCAGGGUGGGUUUUCUCACAUGGAAGAGGCCUCCUUACCGGUAGUCAGUCUGUAUGCGUGUGCUGUCAUUGGUGUAUGUAUGUCUGUCUGCGUGUGACUGGCUUACGCACAGCUCAGGUGCCCGUGUAUUGUUUUUGAUGCUUAUUUCAAGCUCUACAAUUAAUUAAACUUUUCUCUAACUCCUCAUGUAGAAAGUUGUUCAUAUAUAUAUAUAUAUAUAUAUAUUUGACUAUGUGGGUGACAGCAUUUCUCUUCAGUUUCCUAAUGACUUUAGAACUGCUUAGGGAUUUAGUGCCUUUUUCAAAAAAAGAAAGCAGAUUCAUGGUGGGUCCUUACAAAUGGAAGCAUUUUGUGGCACUAAAAAAAACAAUUAGCAACCUUUAUAAGCCCUGUAUACUUUAUAGCAAGAAAGCUGUUUUAUUCUGAGUCUAAUAAUUUUUCUCCUCAUUUUCUGGUGUAGAUUUCUUUUGAGUCUGUAUUUAUAAAGAAUACUGGAAGUUAAACAUUAAAAAUACUGUUCUUAGUUGUUCUCCUUUAUUACCACAAGAGGGCAAUGCUGCACUUCUCAGGGUUUUGAAAAGCAAAAAGCAAGGGACUGUGCCAUCUCUUGGAUGUUCGUUUCCUGAAGUUUCUGUACUGUCGAGGGGGGUUUGUUACAGCUCUGUCACGUUUCUUCUGUGUUCAGCAACGUCUAUAAUCCCUUUCCCCAGGGUGAAUCUGCCUUUGAUUGUUUAGAGCUUCCUGAAGUGUGGUGUUACAACUAGGCCUCCCGACUAGUGGCCUUGGGCCGCUGCGUUGGUAGAUGAAGGACGUUUCUUGCAGCAUGAUCAACGCUGAGAAUCUAGCUCGUAUUUUCCCCAGAGAGCUUGGCUCCAGUAUGUUACUGUCCCCAUUUCUGACCUAGUUUAGGUUAUAAAGGCUUUUUUUGUUGUGGGUUUUUGUUGUUUUUUUUUUUAAAGAAAAAACCUAAGUAUUUCUUCUUUUACGUCCCCCAGUAGUGUCUCAUGCUGUCUUAGGGGCACAGUCCUGACACAUUGAGUUUCCUGGCUUAGCCUUCAGAAUUGAGUUGAGAAGGGAAACGUUUCAAUAUUAAUAUAGCGGUGUUUGAGCUGAAAGGCUGUGUCCUUGGCAGAUGAAUACCUUUGGUUUCCUUUGAUUGCCGGCAGUGGCUCUCUUCAGUGUAUUCUUUGGUCGUAGCAAGUUUUUUAACUCUAAUGAAAAUGCAUUUGAAAUAUAAUAAACUAUACUAAACAUGAA